GAGUCGGUGGGUGCGCGCGGCUUGCCUCGUUGAUUUUCGAUAGGGGCCGAGAGAGAGAGGGAGGGAGACGGGAUGGCGGAGCGGGUGUCGUACCAGCGGUUGCCGAAGGUGCGGAUCCGGGAGCUGAAGGACGACUACGUGAAGUUCGAGCUGCGGGAGACGGACGUGAGCAUCGCGAACGCGCUGCGGCGGGUGAUGCUGGCGGAGGUGCCGACGCUGGCGAUCGACCUGGUGGAGAUCGAGGUGAACUCGUCGGUGCUCAACGACGAGUUCAUCGCCCACCGUCUCGGCCUCAUCCCCCUCACCUCCGACGACGCCAUGCGCAUGCGCUUCUCUCGCGACUGCGACUCCUGCGACGGCGACGGCCAGUGCGACUACUGCUCCGUCGAGUUCCACCUCAACGUCCGCUGCGACUCCGACCAGACCCUUGACGUCACCAGCGCCGACCUCCGCAGCACGCUCCCCAACGUCUGCCCCGUCGACGUCGCCCACCGCGUCCUCGCCUCCGCCGACCCCAACUCCUACGACUCCUCCGACCAAAGGGGCAUACUUAUCGUGAAGUUGCGGCGGGGGCAAGAAUUGAGACUGCGAGCAAUUGCCAGGAAGGGGAUUGGGAAGGACCAUGCGAAAUGGUCACCUGCUGCAACUGUUACUUUUCUGUAUGAACCUCAGAUUCAUAUCAAUGAAGAGUUGAUGGAAACUCUGACACUCGAGGAAAAAAGAGCCUGGGUUGAGAGCAGUCCUACAAGAGUCUUUGGCAUUGAUCCGAGUACCCAACAGGUGGUGGUGGUUGAUCCUGAGGCAUACACCUAUGACCAGGAAGUGAUCAAGAAAUCAGAGGCUAUGGGGAAGCCUGGACUCGUUGAGAUAUAUCCAAAAGAAGAUGGCUUUAUCUUCACUGUCGAAUCAACAGGUGCCAUCAAGGCUUCCCAAUUGGUCAUCAAUGCUAUAGAAGUCUUGAGGCAGAAGCUCGAUGCAGUUCGUCUGCAAGAAGAUGAUUCUGAUUUUGGUGAACUGAGCGCACACCUUCAUGGCGGAGGCUAAUGAUUAUGGCUUCUUCAAGCUUUGCUGCUCUAGAUGCAAUAUUUGCUACUAUUAUGUCAGUGUGAGACUAAUCAUGCCAGUAUUGUAGUGUUUAAACUGUUUUCUUGCGAUGCUACAUAGGCAGUAUGUCACAUCUUUCUUAACCUUACUACAUAUAGCCUACUUGGGUACUGCACCACUGCUACAGUACAUUCCUCAUUUUUUGCCUCUUGCAUCUCUAGUAAUGUUGUUAUGAGUCUGCUCUGA